GCUUCUUCAUCUUCGUGUUCCACUGCGUGUUGCGUAAGUCUGCCCGGAAGCGCUGGAUGGCGCUGCUGCCCUGCUGGCCUGACGAACAGCGGGACUUCUCCCGGUACAGGAGCAGCGCAAACAGCCAGGGUAGCUACCAGCGAGCGGUUGCUCCCCGUGCCCAGCGCCCCGGCAGUGCCACGAGCGUCCGGCGGCUCUCUGCCCUGAGCGGCGGCCCGCGCGGCUCCCUUACCAGCGCCGGCACCCGGCCCUCCAUCUGCAGCGGCGGUUCCAGGCCCUCUAUCUGCAGUGCCGACGGAGGAGGAGACGAGAUUAGGCGCGUGCCGAGAAAGUUCGUCUGCCUCAACAACGAGGAGAAACAACAAAACGACGGACAAGAAUAA